GCAAAUCAUUGUUAAUUACAGAACUUUGAGGCAUUGGACAGGGAGUCUCCAAGCUGCUGCGAUGCCCCACCAUGUUUAUACCUUGGCUGACUCCCAAGACUUAAGGGCUCUUCUCUAAAUGGGAGAAAACAAACACAAGUUUCCAAAAGUGAAGACAACCAAGAAAUGUCCCUUUAACGGAUAAUGCUUGAGAACCAUCACACUUUUUUUUUAUGCGAGGAUACUAAAUAGAAGAUUUUUUGGCUUAAGUGGCUCAAGAAAAAGACCUUGUGGGUUCAUCAGGGAAACUGUUUCCUGAAGUCGUGGUGAAGUACAAGAAAUGUCAAUCAAGAAACUGGCUUCUAGUGAAUCAUCGAGAUGAAGGCAAAGGGCCUUUUGGAAAGCCUAGAGACCACAGAACUCUAAAUCAGGUGGAAGGAAGGAAUGAUGGAAAAAGUGCUGGAAAGCAGAAGCCCAUAAGGACCCAAAUGGUCCUCGAGAGAAUAAUUUUAUCCAAAAGCAAGAGCCAAGUGACACAUAAAUGAGCCACAGGACUGGCCAGCCAGAUGAAAAAUAGACUGAUGGAGCCUACAUGAUAACUUUCUGUAUUUGAUUCUGUGACCCAAAACUAACUCAUCUCCCCAUACCCGCAGAGAAACCUGGGACCAUGAGGAGCAGCCUGACACUGGUGGGGACCCUCUGGGCCUUCCUGUCCCUUGUUACCGCUAUGGCCAGUUCUACCAGUUACUUCCUGCCAUACUGGCUCUUUGGAUCCCAGCUGGGGAAGCCAGUGUCAUUCAGCACAUUCCGGAGGUGCAACUACCCUGUGCGGGGAGAGGGGCACAGUCUGAUCAUGGUGGAAGAAUGUGGGCGCUAUGCCAGCUUCAGUGCCAUCCCAAGCCUUGCCUGGCAGAUGUGCACAGUGGUGACAGGUGUUGGCUGUGCUCUCCUGCUCCUGGUGGCCAUGACUGCAGUCCUGGGCUGCUGCAUGGAGGAGCUUAUCUCCAGAAUGAUGGGACGUUGCAUGGGAGCAGCACAGUUCGUGGGAGGGCUGCUGAUAAGCUCAGGCUGUGCAUUAUACCCCUUAGGAUGGAAUAGCCCGGAAGUAAUGCAAACAUGUGGGAAUAUCUCCAAUCAAUUUCAGUUAGGUACCUGUAGGCUUGGUUGGGCCUAUUACUGUGCUGGAGGUGGAGCAGCUGCAGCCAUGUUGAUCUGUACCUGGCUCUCUUGCUUUGCUGGAAGAAACCCCAAACCUGUAAUGUUGGUGGAGAGCAUCAUGAGGAACACCAAUUCUUAUGCCAUGGAGCUUGACUACUGCCUCAAGCCUUGAGCUUUGGUGGAAGAUUGGAAAGGGUGGGAAAGAGGAAGGAAGGAAGGGAGCCUUGAAAAGAGGUACUAAGACUAGACCCAGUUGCCACCCACCUGUCAGCAGUGUAGCCUAGAGUUGCAUGCUUUUUAACUCACCAGUCAUUCAUUUUCACUUUCCCUUAAGCCAGUGGGUCAGUGACUACUUACAAAAUUCAUCAAGAUAUAUGAUUUUCUCAAAUGUUUACCUAGCUGGUGAGUACCCACUAGCCCCCAAGUCCCAAAGUACUCCUUUAUGAAAAAUAAGGAGAAGAUCCUCACUUGAAAUGUAACUGCACAAAGCUAGGUAAGAACACUCGAGCAGGGAGGGACAAGGAGAUGAACAGGGCUGGUUCCUGCCAUUCCAUUCUUAUGGCCCUCCCCCUAGUAUUGAUUACUAUCUAUAACAUGCCAUUGAUCAAAUACUUGAGACUUUCUCAGGACUAUACCUUGACUCUUCCUCUUUUAUCUGGCCUCUUUUCCUUUUCUUUUGUGGGAAAGCUUGUGGUGAGGGUAAUUAUCAAUAAGGAAAAUAUUAACCAAGGAUACUUAUUUAGUCUAAGACCCCUUCCUCAUUAUGCUUUAGAAUAUUCAUAAGAGUUCAUUUUGUGUUUUGGCUUGGUGACUGGCAUUAAAAUAUAGUGGCAAGUAUUCUCUAGUCCUUUAUAUAUUCAGAAAUGGUGUUCAUUAAAUGUUCUGAGCAUAUAAUAGCAUUUGUUGUGCACUAAAUAAACAUGGUUUUAUGAUGAU